GCAUAUUCAUCGAUCUAACUGAAUUGCUUAUAGUCGGCUUAUUUAUUCAUUUGAUUAUUUCAUUGGCUUUAUGUUUAUAUCCCACUUAUUUCCCCUCAACGAUGGUGGUGAUGUUUAUUGAUGAAGGAAACAGGGAAGAAUUAAGCACAGAUAAACAGAGAUAAGCAGGCCAAUGGACUUCAGUUAGUCUAGACGCUUGACCCAAUUGAACAUGGACGGUAACAAGGGUCUAGGUACUAACUAACACUUCAGGAAGAAAAAAUAAUGAGGCAGCUCGGCCAGCAAGACAGGAUAUUCUGUAUACUUUUUAAAAUUCUGACCGUUCCUCACAUUCGUGAUAACAGAUAACUUUUUCAUGAUAACUUGUUUCAGGCAAAAUAUUCCUCAGACACGCGGCCGGGCCAAAUCAUGAGCGUAAAUGAGUACACAAUACAAUGUGGGUACAGGAGCUGUCUAGCUGUGGUAACAAUAUUCAACUACGGCCCUAGUUCAGUGUUCUGACCCCAGCGACGGAAUGAGACUGCCUUCGUUUGAGCUCUGAGCUUGUCCGAUAACUCUGCUGCGGUAUCAACCCUGGCACACAGAGCGUGGUUGUAGUGUACGUGACGGCGAAGUCUGUUAACAUCACAAGAUGGGUGUUGUGGAUAUGAUUAUGGAGAAGCGGUCGCCGACCACACGUAAACAGUUCCAGUACAAGAUGCUCAAAACGGCCACGCUCAUCGCCAUGUGGAUAACAAGCGGAUUGUUUAACUCACUGGCUGGCACCACACUAGUGGACUUUAAGGAGAAACUGGACACGGAUUUUGAGAAGCUUGGCACGGUGAUGGUGUUUCGUACAGUUGGUAAUAUGCUGGGCUGUAUCAUCAGCUGUGUUCUGCGGGAUAAAAUCGGUAUCCAGUCCGAACUAAUCGUGGGCAUAACAGCCGCUACUUGUUCGUUGGUAAACUUCCUCAAACCGUGGUCACCAUCAAUCGCUUUCUUCGGGGUGUUGAAUUUCGUAGAAGGUUGUGGACAGAGCUGCGCAAAUACAGUGAACAACGCACUGCUGUUGUCUCUGUGGGGUAGUAGAGCAUCAGGUCCGGUCCACGCCUUUCAUUUCGGGUUUGGCUUGGGAGCAUUUCUUGGUCCAUUACUCGCUAAAGAUUUCCUCUCCGUCCGCUGUCCAGAUACAGAUGGUGGUAACAAUUCAUCGACGGCAGGAUUGGUUGUAGUGAACACCUCAGCCGUACUGGAUGCAUCCACUGUGAGAUGUAAGAACUCUACGGAGGACAAUCCACUAAUUCUACAGAAAGACCGACUUGAGAUUCCUUUCUCUGUCGUCGGUAGUCUAUUGGCGUUGAUCAGUAUUGGCCUGCUUACUUUCUACUUUCUGGAAAAGUGCUCCGGUCAGUUCAGACUAACUUUUACACAACCUCCAAAAGCAUCAGGAUGCUCUGAAUCAGCCGAAAAAUCUCCUAGAAAAUCCACCUGUACAUUCACGAAGAGUUUCUUUUUCAAAUUCGUAGUCGGUUUGUUUUUCCUGUAUAUGUUUAUCAACACAUUUGAAGGUGUGGUGUACAGCUAUCUGUUUACAUUCGCCUAUGAAGGUGGGACUGGUUUCAGCAAACCGGAAGCGGCGUACCUAACCUCGGCCUACUGGGGCUCGUACACCCUGAGCCGUCUGCUGGCCUCCCUAAUAGCUCACUUCGUCUCCGUCAAAAUAAUGAUAUUUGUGGAGUUCGUAGGAAGUUUAGGCUCACUUCUCAGUAUGCUAUUUCUGGGGUUCAGCAGUAAGGCAGGAAUGUGGGCCUCUGCAUGUCUGCUGGGCGUGUUCUCUGCCCCUGUCUGGCCAUCUGGGAUCGCUUGGGGGGACCGGUACGUUAAAGUGAAGGCCUCAGUCGUAGCAGCCACUGAUGUAGGGGCAGGGAUCGGAGGUUCCAUCUGCAUGUGGGUAGCUGGACAUUUGGUUGAAAACAAGCAUACUCGAUCAUAUUUGUAUGUGGCGACUUCAGGUUGCGUUUGCGCCUUCGUAGUUCUUUUAGUGAUGCAAAUUGCUGGAAUCCGUCAUAGAGACCGACAUGAAACACUGUCACGUGAUGAUGAUAAAUCGUCUCAACGUGACGCGCCCACUAAACCUUUGCAAGGCCUAACACAGGAAUAGAAAAGCUCAUGGUGGCAGAAAAAAGCUUCCAGGACACGUGAUUGGGUUCCUUAUAACUGUAGGCCAAAUGAACGAAGAACGGGGCAUUCACCAUCAGAUUUGACACCGGACUUUUGGUGAUGGAAUGGACACAGAAAAUGGACCUCUCAGAUUAA